UGCAUCUGUCACACACACACAGACACACACCAGCACACACACACACCCCCAGGUCCAGCUCUCUGCUCAAUCCCAGUCACUCUGAAACAUCUCCUGUACAGGCACACAACAGAGCCACAUUGAUAAGUGUCAUGUCAGGUCCCAGGCCAGUGGUUCUCAGUGGACCCUCAGGGGCAGGGAAGAGCACCCUGCUGAAGAUGCUCCUGAGAGAUUUUGAUGGAGUCUUUGGCUUCAGCGUCUCACACACAACAAGAAGCCCACGUCCAGGAGAGGUAGAUGGCAAAGAUUACCACUUCUCAAACAGAGAGGCAAUGCAGGAGGAUAUUGAUGAUGGGAAAUUCAUUGAGAAUGCUGAGUUUUCCGGCAACUUGUAUGGAACAAGCAAGUCUUCAGUGGAUGACGUGAGGGCCCAGGGCCUCAUCUGCAUUUUGGAUGUGGACAUCCAGGGAGUGGGGAACAUCAAGCAGACUGACCUAGACCCCAUCUAUGUCUCCAUACAGCCACCCUCCAUGGAGAUCCUGGAAAAGCGUCUGAGGGACAGAAAUACGGAGACAGAAGAGAGUCUGCAGAAGCGUCUGGAGGCAGCACGUGUUGACAUGGAGCUUAGCAAUGAGCCUGGAAUGUUUGACAUGGUCAUUGUAAAUGAUGACUUGGAGGAGGCCUAUGAGAAGUUGCAAAGUGUUCUCAUUGAGGAAAUAACAAAGGUUCAGUCGAUGAAGAAAGAAAGAUGCAAUUCCAUCGUGUCUGGACCCAGGCCGUUUGUCAUCAGCGGUCCGUCGGGGGCUGGAAAGAGCACGCUGCUGAAGAAGCUGCUAAAGGACUACAAGGGCGUCUUUGGAUUCAGUGUUUCACAUACAACACGCGAUGCACGUCCGGGAGAAGUGGAUGGCAAAGGCCUGUUCUGUCUGCCUAUGCUUCUGGGGGCCACAUUACUGCCCCUAGCGGACGUGUUGUCCUCUGUCACGGCCACAGGUGGCGCUGUCUCGCACUCAUUUGGUGUUCGAACCACAACUAAAUAUUACCACUUCACAAACAGGGAGGCAAUGCAGGAGAAUAUUGACAAAGGAGAAUUCAUUGAGACUGAUGAGUUUGCCGGCAAUCUGUAUGGAACAAGUAAAAGCGCUGUACUGGAUGUGAGGGCAAAGGGCCUCAUUUGUAUCUUGGAUGUGGAUAUCGAGGGAGUGAGACUGAUCAAAGAGACUGACCUGGACCCCAUCUAUGUAUCAAUUCAGCCUCCCUCAAUAGAGGUCCUGGAAGAGCGUCUGAGGGCUAGAGCAAACGACUCGGAAGAGAAAUUACAAAGCCGCCUGGAGGCAGCACGGACUGAAAUGGAGGAGUGCAAAGAGCCUGGAUUGUUUGACAUUGUCAUUGUCAACGACGACUUGGAUGAAGCUUACGAAAAGUUGCAAAGUGUUCUUAAAGAGGAAAUGUCGGAUGUGAUUCUGAUGAAGGCCUUUCGAGGCCAAACCUGCUAUUUAAUAUCAUUUUGACUGAUUUAUUUGGUAUUGGUUAUUACACAAUUGGACAUUUUACCAUAAUUACAAAUCCAUUCACUGGAGGUGUAUUCACUUAUGAUCCAUGUAUAUAACCAUGUUAAUAACUCCAGACCCAUUUAUAACAUUAAGUGAUGUUACUAACUACAUGGCCUGGAAUCCCAGGUAUUCCCAAGGUUGUUAUGCUUCUGUAUGGAUUUUAGUGUAAAAUGACCUGGUAACAACACUAACAAAGCAUACCUUACCAUUAACCCCAAAUGGUUUGAUUUCAUUCAAGUUUAUUCCCAUUGAUAAUCUGGCCUAAAGAGUACAUUGCCCAACAUCUGUAUCUAAAUACAAUGUUGUAAAAAGCAUACUUGUGUAAAUAUAAUGUAACUUCUCAGAUUCAAGCAAUUAAUGUAAAGUUAAACAACUGUUUUUUUUACUACAAUUUACAAACCUGAUUCCAAAAAAGUUGUACAAUUGUGAAUAAAAACAGAAUGCAAUGAUGUGGAA